GCAGGGUGGGGGAGAGAGAGGGAAGGUACUGUUUUGUGGUGUAUCAAUCUCUUUUAAUUAGCUUCCAAAACUCUUCAUUCUUACACCUCUUCUUUAAAAUUUAUUAUUAGUAUUAUUAUUUCUUCUUUCCCUUUUCUUAAUCACUUAUUUUAUGGCCAUGGGGCUGCACAAAAUACCCACAAGUGCAAUAAUUUGUUUUAGGUCCAAAACGGAGUUCUUGUGCAGUUUGUAGUGUUCAUUUAUGUGGGAUCUGUCAGAAACAAUGACCGUGUGUCAAUUAAUAAUCUAGGAAGGGAAAAAGACACACACUUGUUAUGAACCCAACCUUCUUCUCCAGCCUUCCUCCUCUAUCAUUUUCAAGCAUAUACAGGUGGAGGUUAGGAAUGCAUUUUCUGAUUUCCAUUGCCUGUAAGUGCAAGGAUUCUUCUCAAGGAAGUGAAAGCUGAAGAAAUCUUUGGGCUUCCUACCCACCUAUGCCAAUUCCAUAUCUCCUUUUGAUGUGAAUGUUCUUCCAAAUUUGAUUGCAAGAUCUGACCCAAUUGUGGUACCAUUCUCAACCCUGAUUGACUUCCAUGGUAUGCAGACUGCUCUAAGUUCUUGACAUGCCUGUAGAAGCAGCAGCAUGACAUUAGGAUCAGAAAAAGGGUGGAAAUCCAUAGUACCGCUCAGUUUGUCUGCAACGCGGGAUUUCUGUUUGUUUUCGAAAGUGAAGCCAAAUAACUAUGGCCCUCAAAACACUCCAGUUCAUCUCAACGUAUACGACCUGACACCUAUGAAUGGCUAUGUAUACUGGGCUGGCAUAGGUAUCUUUCACUCUGGUGUCGAAGUUCACGGCGUAGAAUAUGCAUUUGGAGCUCAUGAUUAUCCUUCUAGUGGGGUAUUCGAAGUUGAGCCUCGACAAUGCCCUGGAUUCCAAUUCAGGAAGUCCAUACUCAUCGGGACAACAUCCCUGGAUGCUGCUCAGGUCAGGGAAUUCAUGGAAUGCCAAGCCAUGAGCUACAAUGGAGAUACAUACCACUUGAUCAUGAAGAACUGCAACCAUUUCUGUAAGGACAUAUGUUACAAAUUGACCGGGAAAAGAAUUCCCAACUGGGUAAAUCGUCUCGCAAAAUUAGGUUCAAUAUUCAGCUUUGCUCUACCCGAGGCCCUCAAAAUCACGGCUGUACAAAAUGACGCUAAAUACCAAACUUACAAUGACAGUGACAAGAGGAGACUGAGGAGCACAUUCAGAUGCCUAUCAUCGAUCUCUUCGAGGCAAAGGCAGCUCUCGACUUCUUCAUUGCUGCUGCAGUCUCCAUUGAAAGGAUGCCUGCCUUCAUGGGAGCUAAAAAGAUCAGCAAAUGGUUCGCUCAAAGUAAGGUAAAAAGACAUAUAGCAUUCGCAUAAAUAGCUUGGCGUCGAUUUCUUGGGCUUGUUUGCUGUUUUUUUUCUGUGUUAUGGUCUAGAAAGACACUAAUGUGUGUGCUCCCAAUUGCAAUGCUUUUGUUUUCUUGCUGAUUCUUUCCAUCUUUAGAUACAUAUGUGUGUGCUAUAGAAUGUAAGAACAGUUGUGGAUCGAACAAGGAAUCAAUCAUCUAAAACAUUUUGUAUUUUUGUAUAUUUAAUGGAGACAAUGGUGCUGCUUCUCUGCUUUUC